AUGCGCGACGCCGACAUAGACGCGGACGGCGACGCCCCCGACGAUCACACGCGUGUACCAGCCUUACGCUUCCGUACCUCGACGCAAGACGCGGACACGGACGAGGACGAGGAGUCGGCGAGCGAUUCCGAGCUCGCGAAUGAAUUCGACGGUUUAGAGCUCUUACGAGCGGGUUCUCUCGCCGAUAAGGUCGUCGCGUACGAACGUUCGACGAGCGGGAACGCAGCUGUGGUGAGCCGGGACGCGCGGACUAUGCUGGAGGAGCUGGAGGAGGCGAAACGGAACCCCACGGUGGCGGCAUUCCUGCGCAUGGGCGAGACGGGCGACGCGGGGAAGCGACGAAGGCGACAUCGAAGGCGAGCGACUGGAAAGUCGAAGCCGAUGAACGAGGCGAAUGAGUUGAUAAGUGAUGCAACGAUAUUGUAUGCGCGAGGGGCGUACGCAGACGCGGUGAUUAAGCUGCACGCGGCGAUCGUUAAGGCGCCGAACGCGAGCGAACCGUACGAGCAGUUGGCGCUCGUGUACGAGGAGAUGGAAGAUUUAGAAAAGGCGCUGGAUUGUUACUCGAUCGCCACUGUGCUCAAACGUGGGGUCGACCCGUCAAUGUGGUAUCGCAUGGCGACACUCGCGGUGAAUGUGAACAAGAAGGAGUAUGCGUUACACUGCUUGGCGCGAGCGGCGAGAUCGGAUCCGCGAAACUACGAGAAUAAGAUGGACCAAGCGACUCUGUAUUCUGAGCUCGGCGACACGAAGAAAGCGAUAGAGCAGCUCGAGUGGGUACUUAGAGAUGACUUACCUCCUUUAGAUGGCGCCAUCUUGCGAGACGCGACGGUAUUUCUAGCAAAGCUGUACUACGGCGCGGAGUCGCGUGAGAAGGCGGAAUACGCAUUGGAGCGCUUGUUGGAAAGACAUCCUCAGCACGUAGACGCGACUGUGGUUAACAUAUUGAUCGAGUUGAAGAUUGAGUUUCGCAAAUACUCUGAGGUGCUAGAUAUCGUCAAAAAAGCACACGCAACCAUCGUAGAGCACAUGGACAACGGUGAGCUGCCGUUGGACAUUUCAGUGAAAUUGGGACAGUGCCAGCUGUAUGAAGGGCAGAUAGAGGACGGUUUGAGGCGAGUCGAUGAGCUCUUGGCGCAUCAAGUGACGGAGUUCGACGAUUUGUUCUUCGACUGCGGGAAUACGCUGAUGGACGUCGGGCUCGCCCUGAAGGCGGAAGAAGUUUUUCGCCCACUACUGUCGCUUGAGGCAUACGACAACGUAGAACUCUGGCAACGAAUAGAGCGGUGUAUCGAGCAGUCACAAGGUUUGUUCGCCGUGAUAGAGUUCUAUGAUUCCAUGCACGACAAGCAUCCGAGUGAUGUGUUCAUCGCCGUGUCUCUCGCCGACGCUCUUUCACGCUGUGAUGACGACCUGGAAUCUCUGAGCAGAGCUCGCUCACUCGUCUCGAACUUGGACGAUGUCGAGGUUCAGAAGUACGGCAUCUCACUUCGCGUGACCGCGUUGCAAAGAAAACUUUUGAGCGACGAAGAACUGACAGUGAUCAUUCCGUCUGCGCUGAAAUUACUGGAUGACUUGAUGGAUCAGAGAUCGCAACGAAAACUUCAACGAGUGGGUCAGGCAAACGACACUUAUGUUGACGACAACGUGAGGAUCUCUGACAACGAUGUAUUCGCCACCAUUAUCAGUGGCGCAGAGAUUGCGAUUCGACUCGGCAGACAUGACGAUGCCGCGAAAAUCGUGACGAAUGCUCUGUCAUUUUCGGCAGGGAGCGUCUUGACACGUGAACAGACGGCGACUUUGCGCUACCUGAAAUCAUUGGUAUCCUACCAAGCCGGAGACUUGCAGGAGGCUUCGGCCAACUGUCGAAGUGUUCUUGAAGUGUUCCCGGCAUCUGUGACGGUUUGGAAUAUGCUCAUGCAAAUGGCUGUUGACUAUCCGCGAGCGCUGAGCGUGGGCACAUCCAAGCUUGCGAAGCGGCUCGUCGCGAACAGCGUAGACAACACAGUGAGAGCGCGCCUCGUUCCACUCAUGGCUUCGGGAUACGUACACACUUGGAACAAGAAGUGGUCUAUAGCGAUGCACGAUUUUCUCACUGCCCUGACGCUCGCCCCGAACGAUCACGAGGUCACGCUUGCUGCGGCUAUUUCUCUUCUUCACAUGGCCACCAGGAACUCAAACGAGCAGCAGCGGCACGCGUUGGCGCUUCGCGCUAUCGUUCUCCUCGAGCGCACUGCUGACCUGAAUUCAGCGCAUCCGCAAGAGGGAUUGUACAAUCUAGCCAGAGGGUUACACCAUCUCGGCUGGUCGCAUCUCGCCCGUCGACUGUACGAGCGUUGCCUCGAGGCACCGGUCACUGAGGUCGAAGGCGAUGGUGCAGCUGUCGAUUUGAAGCGAGAGGCAGCGUACAAUCUGUCGUUGAUUUAUCGCAAGUCGAACGCGCACGGAUUAGCGAGAGACAUUCUCCGCAAAUACAUGACGGUUUGA